AUGCGGAAGUAUGGAGUGUGCCUAUGCACGCAGGACCACUUCAAGGAUUGUCAGCUAGGCGCGUCUGGCUUCGAUGCCUGCAUUCGCGAAGCUCUCAACUCGAUUCGCCCGUACUUUAAAACUGGCCUGCCCAAGUACAAUAUCGAGCCCUUCGACCCGUUCUACGCCAAGGAGAUCACUGCUAAACGAGGCUUGCCUUACCUGGGCUUCGCGAUAACCUUGAAAAACGUCACCGAGAGCGGUUGGUCCAACAGCAAAGUCGUCAAGUUCGUCAGCGAUUUGAAAAACCACAAGGUGGUUUAUACUCAAAGCUUCCCGGAGAAGUAUCUUUCCGGCGACUACGAGUUCAACGGUACCGUCCUCGGAUCCAAGAUGAAUAACAAAGGAAAAUUUACACUCGGCCUGUUCGAUCUAACUCAAACAACGACCAUCAGCCACGAGCCUGGCGAGAAGAUCAAAGUCAACGUUAACGUCCAAUCGAUCGGCAAUCUCAAGCUCCAUAUUUCGAAUCUGCUUCACGGCCGAGAGGUCCUGGAGGGAAUCCUCGAUCGCAUAAUCAACGGCGCUUGGCAGCCUGGCUUCACGGUGACUCGGCCGCUCAUCAACGAGCUCGUCUCCACGGCCUUUACCGAUAUCUUCGGCAAAGCUUUUCAAAAUUUCCCUUUCGAACGGGUCAUACGCAAAAGCAAAUCCAACAAUUCGUUGUAGAUUUUGGCCAACUUGACAAAGAAGAGAAUGAAAAUAAUAUAAAUAGAGAGUCGUGAAUGCGUGCGUCAUUGAGAGUCUGAAUCGAUUUUUAUGUUUUUCAUCGCGAUUCGAUGGAUCUGCGAAUCUGACGUUUUUUUUACUGUUACUGCAUGUGAGUCUGUGUGUUUUUAUUGUAGUGAAUAAUGAUAUUUGUGCAAUAUAAAAAAAAAUGA